GGAAGAUGGAUCCGGAUGAUCUGGAGCCCCUGCUGGACCCCCGAAGACACCAGGAGACCGAGAGUCCACAAAACAGAUACUUAAACAAAGUCCAGAACAAGAAUCUCUAUCUGUCCACGUUCGGGGCAGUUCUGGGCCCCCUGAGCUUUGGCUUCGCCCUGGGAUACAGCUCCCCGGCCAUUACAGAUCUGAAGAACGCCGACGACCCACGCCUGGUCCUGGACAAGAACGCGGCCUCGUGGUUCGGAUCCGUUGUGACCAUCGGGGCCGCCGCGGGAGGAGUAUUCGGCGGGUGGGUCGUGGACCGGAUUGGCCGGAAGCUGAGCCUCAUGCUUUGCUCGUUGCCGUUUGUUCUCGGCUUCACUCUCAUUAUCUCCGCUCAGAACAUGUGGAUGCUUCUCGGGGGGCGACUUCUCACCGGCCUGGCUAGCGGAGUCACUUCGUUAGUUGUUCCCGUCUAUAUUUCUGAAACUUCACACUCAAGAGUGCGAGGGACCCUGGGGUCUUGUGUCCAACUGAUGGUAGUAACUGGAAUUGUUGGAUCGUACAUAGCAGGAAUGGUGUUGGACUGGCGUUGGCUUGCCGUGUUCUGCUGCGUACCCCCCAUUCUCAUGCUGAUAUUCAUGUGCUUCAUGCCGGAAACGCCACGAUAUCUCAUCAGACAGGGCAAGUUCUCCGAAGCCUUAUCGGCCUUAAGGUUUCUGAGAGGUCCACAGGCUGACCACGAAUGGGAAUUCAGGCAGAUCGAGUCCAGCACCGAUGAUCAGGAGGCCAGCUUGAAGAUGGGAGAAUUGAGGAACCCCUCCAUUUACAAGCCGUUCCUGAUUGGGAUUUUGCUGAUGUUCUUCCAGCAGUUUACCGGCAUAAACGCCAUCAUGUUUUAUGCAGAGACAAUCUUCGAAGAGGCCAAGUUUAAGGACAGCAGCCUGGCGUCUGUGAUAGUCGGGCUCGUCCAGGUGUUCUUCACGGCCGUCGCCGCCCUCAUCAUGGACAAAGCCGGCAGGAAGGUUCUGCUAAUUAUUUCAGGAGUCAUCAUGGCCAUCAGCGCUGCUUUAUUUGGAGUUUACUUUAAAAUCACGGAGGUCCAUGUGAACAAUUCCUCAGGAUGGCUUCCACCGCCUACCGACGUGGCCCCCGGUCCAGCAGACAGCCUGGCGUGGCUGGCCCUGGCCAGUAUGGGUCUCUUCAUAACCGGCUUCGCUCUCGGUUGGGGUCCCAUUCCGUGGCUAGUUAUGUCUGAGAUCUUCCCGCUUCGAGCCCGCGGCGUGGCCAGCGGCGUGUGUGUGGUCACUAAUUGGGGAUGCGCCUUUCUGGUUACAAAAGAGUUCCACGACCUCAUGGAUUCUCUGACCUCCUAUGGGACUUUCUGGUUCUUCGCUGGUUUCUGUCUCCUGAAUGUGCUUUUUACCGUUUUCUGUGUCCCGGAGACGAAAGGAAAAAGCCUGGAGCAAAUCGAAGCGUAUUUCCAGCGAACGCCGACUUCACAGACUUUUGGUUCUUUUGCCGACACGGUACAGUAGCUGGUGAGAUCGCCAAGACGGAGAAGACGCUUGGCUUUGUAGCGUACUCUGUGUAUUACAGCUAUGGGGUCUGGGAAUGUUCCCCCGACGCCUUAUCAACAGAUCCUUAAUAGUUAAUGGGUGGGGGUUCAUUU